CAGGUUAGAGGGGGGGAAAACACAGGGAGGAAACCAGACCUGCUGAACAUCCACCAGCAAGCCGUCAUCGACAGGAUUCCUCAUCGACAUCUCAUGCAUCCUUCUUCUGGAUUAAUUAUGUUUCUGUUGUAACGCACAGAUGACAGCGUAACCGGGGCGGUAAGCUGCUCAGAUACCCCCAAAAACUCGCUUUGUGUGCAUAGGAUCUGUUGUUGUGACUGGACAUGAAUUCUGCGGAACAGACGGUUACAUGGCUGAUCACGCUCGGGGUGCUGGAGUCUCCGAAGAAGACCAUCUCGGAUCCUGAGGCUUUUCUGCAGACCUCCCUGAAAGAUGGGGUGGUGUUGUGCAGGCUGCUGGAGCGCCUCAGCCCGGGCUCCACGGAGAAAAUCUACCAAGAUCCGAAGAACGACGGCGAGUGUCUGAGCAACAUAAAGGAGUUUCUGAAGGGCUGCACAUCGUUCCGCGUCGAGCCGUUUGAGGCCAGCGACCUGCUGCUGGGACUGAACUUCUCAAAGGUGCUGAGCAGUCUGGUUUCCCUGAAUAAAGUCACUGCAGAUAUCGGUGUUGGGAGUGACUCUGUGUGCGCCCGGCACUCUUCAGCACAUCGCAUCAAGUCCUUUGAGUCGCUCUCCUCUCAGGCUUCACUGGCCCGAUCCUCUAAGCUACUGCAGAACCAGUUUCGCAGUCUGGACAUGUCAGAAAACAGCGGGCAACAGCUGCUGGUGAAGGCGCGUUUCAGCUUCCAGCAGAACAACGAGGAUGAGCUCUCCUUUAAUAAGGGUGACCUCAUCGGCGUGAUGCGUCAGGAGGACGGCGGCUGGUGGGAGGGGAUGCUCAACGGCAGGUCGGGAUGGUUUCCUAGCAACUAUGUCCGUGAGGUCAAAGGCUCCGCUGCGGACAAACAAGACAAAGUGUCCCCGAAGUCUGGCACCAUGAAGAGUCCACCAAAAGGCUUCGACACCUCCGCCAUCAGCAAGACAUACUAUAACCUGGUGUUGCAGAACAUUUUAGAAACAGAGACAGAAUAUUCCAAGGACCUUCAGAGCCUCCUGACAAAUUACCUACGACCUCUUCAGAGCAGUGACAAACUGAGCAGCUCCGAAGUGGCUCUGAUUCUGGGAAACCUGGAGGAGAUCAGCACCUUCCAGCAGAUGCUCGUCCAAUCGCUAGAGGAGUGCACCAAGCUUCCAGAGAGCCAGCAGAGGGUGGCGGGUUUCUUCCUGAACCUCAUGCCGCAGAUAAAGGCUCUUUAUGUCGGUUACUGCUCCAACCACCCCUGUGCGGUUAAUCUGCUCACCCAGCACAGUGACGUGUUGGGGGAGUUCAUGGAGGGGCGAGGUGCCUCCACACCCGGGAUCCUCACCCUGACCACCGGCCUCAGUAAACCCUUCAUGAGACUCGACAAAUACCCAAACCUACUCAAAGAGCUGGAGAGGCACAUGGAGGAGAGUCAUCCUGACCGGCCAGACAUUCAGAAGUGCAUGGCAUCUUUCAAGAAUCUGUCUGCUCAGUGCCAGGAGGUGAGGAAGCGUAAGGAGCUGGAGCUCCAGAUCCUUACCGAGACGAUCCGGCUGUGGGAGGGGGACGACAUCAAGACCCUGGGCUCUGUGCUCUACAUGAGCCAGGUGUUGGUGCAGAGUCCCGGCUCAGAGGAGAAGAGUGAACGUUACCUCAUGCUCUUCCCUCACGUCCUCCUCAUGUUGUCUGCCAGUCCCAGGAUGAGCGGCUUCAUUUUCCAGGGAAAACUGCCCCUGGCCAGCAUGACGGUGACCAAACUAGAAGACUGUGAAGCCCAUAGAAACGCUUUUGAGCUCAACGGCCCAAUGUUUGAGCGUCUGCAGGUGGUGUGCACCAACCAGCAGGACCUGCAGGACUGGGUGGAGCACCUGAGAGGACAGAUCAAACACACCGCGGCCACCGGACCCAGCCACAAACCCCUCAAUGUUCCCUGCCACACGCUCCCAUCUCACCCUCUCACCCCAUCCCGGCAUGCUGAAGGGAGGGGCAUGACAGUGGCUCCCACCUACCACACCCUGCCUCACCCCUCCUCCCAUGGCACAUCUCACAGCACCAUGAUGUGGGGCCCGCUGGAGCCCCCCAACACCCCCAAACCCUGGAGUCUGAGCUGUCUGCGACCCGCACCCCCUCUACGACCCUCUGCAGCCCUCUGCUACAAGGAGGAUCUUAGUAAAAGUCCUAAGAGUGUGAAGAAACUCCUUCCCAAGCGAAAGCCGGAGAGGAAACAGUCUGAGGAGGAAUUUGCCUUGAGGAAGAGUACCGCUGCUCUGGAAGAAGAUGCCCAGAUCCUGAAAGUGAUUGAGGCAUACUGCACCAGCGCCAAAACCAGGCAGACUCUGAACUCCACCUGGCAGGGCACUGAUCUGAUGCACAACCACGUGCUGGCCGACGUGGACCGGUCCUGUAUGGACUCACCGGGCCGCCGUAGCAGCGUGUCACGGCCAGAGUUGUCCUCUGACCUCUCGGAGGACUCUGACUAUGACUCCAUCUGGACCACCCACAGUUACAGGAUGGGUUCAGUGCCACGUAAAAGUUGCAUCUCUCACCAGAACUAAAGAACGUACAGUACUGCCACGCUGUACCCGAUAUAAAGUACAGCGCGCUUACCUCUUUUACCUUCAAUGUAUGAAAAGAAACUAGAUUUUUUUUAUUUAUCUAUUUAUUUUCUAUUAUAUAUUUGUUAUUUUUUGUUAACUUAUUUGGUUUAUUUAUUUUAUGUUUGUUUUAAGAUGUUUAAAGCAUCUCCCUGUUGCCUUUGCCACUUUCCCUUUUAUGUGCCUCCUCUCUUUGUGUAUUUGUCAUGCAGUAAGUGUUUAGUAAUUCUUCUUAAUUUAUCUUGAAUGUGACCACUCCCUUUGUUUGACCAUAAAUGUGGCAGACUCUCAGCAGGGAGUAGAGGGGUGUUGGAGGGGAAAAUAGGGGAGGAAAAACCAGGGGAGGGAGAGAUGGGGACUGAGCUUUUCCUGUCUGAUAUUCAGAUGUAAUUCAGGAACGAGUGUAUUCUAUUUACCAUGUACUACUUCCCUCCAGUAUGUGUUUCUAGAGUAUGUAUGCUCAAACAUAGCACAGAUGUCAUAAACACAUGCACAGGUUUAGGCACACAUGCCCCUGCUGCCGGAUAAUAUAGCAGCAUGCAAAUGAAAUAUCCAAAUUCUUUAUGUUGUUUUCAUAAUUUCAUUUAUUUAUUUAAUUUUGCUAAGCAGAAUAGCAUUUUAAAGUACAACAUGACCAAAAGCUAAAGCAUACUAUAAAUCCUUGCUAAAUGUAAACGUUUGUGAAACACAGUUCAUUAUUUUAGGUAGCUGCUACAGAAUGAGGAGAAUAUCACAUACACUGUCUAGUCCAUCUAGUUAAAGAAUAGUAAAUUUAAAGGCUCAGUUCAUCCAAAUUAACAAAAAAUAAACUGAUUUUAUCAAAUAAUAAUAUCACAUUACUCUAUUGUAAUGCUGUAGAAGCAGAAAUCUAAGUCAGUCCUCGACACCUUAUUUAACACCAGAAACAGGAAGGUGUUUUCGGUGAGCUGAGCCUUUUACUCAAUAUUUUUGAGAAAGUUUCUGUCUUGUGUCUCCUAAGCAUCAUCCUUUAAAGCCUGAUCUUCUAUCCAGUAAUGUUGCUGUCUGUCAGUGGUUCUACAGGGUUGCAUUUAUAUUGUAGUUUCAAACCUCAAGUUAGUAUCUUAAGAAAAAUUAAAAGAUUCAUUUAAACCACAAAUAAGCUGUAAAAUACACAGUGACAUUCCUAUUAGAAAAAUCAAAUGCCUUUGUUUAAUGUCUCCUGCAAAUGAAUAGUUCAACAUUUUGGGAAUAACCCGUAUUUGCUUCUUUUUUCUGAGUCGCGUUAAAAAAGAAACUGGAGCCAGGAGCAGGUUAGUUCGUUCAGAUUUAUAGCAGCAGGAUUAAGCUAGCAUGGCAGAGGUUGGAAAAUCCAGCUACCAACACCUUCAAACCUUACUCUAUAAACUAAACAUAUAGUAUGUUAAGAAGUAAGCUUUAGCUGAUCAAACAGGAUUUUUUCAAAAACAUUGUGAUAGAGCCAGGCUAGCUGCUUCCCCAUCUAAAUACUAUUUUAGCAAAUUAGCAAUACAUGCUAGUUCCACAUACCAACACACAAACAUGAGACUUUAUUUUGUUAUGUUUCGAUCUUCUCGUAAUGUUACAAGAUAAGUGAAAACAGCUCAUUACUAAAACUACCUAGUCUCCUCAAUGAUACUUCCUGUUUUCAUGCCCCGCUAACCAAUUACUAACUUUAGCUUGAUAUUUACAGUAGACAUGGUAUGAACAGACAUGACUCUGGUAUUAUUUAUUUUUUUAACCCAAAACUGUUGAGCUAUUGCUUUGAAGGUGACAAUUUGAGCAGGUUCGCUUAAUGCAUACAGUCUAUAGCCUAACGUUAAACAUCCCUUGUGUCACAAUAAACUAGCACCUAUGCUACGGCCUCAUAAGCCAGACAUGUCUUUGUGUCGUCUGGCUUGCGAGGUUCCCCAUGUUAUCCCUUGCAUUAAUGACUAUUUUUAUGAAGAAGUAUUUUUCCAGUGUUGGUAUUUAAAGUACAGGUUGGCAUCCAUUUACAGUAGAGUCUAUCUCCUCGUACAGCAAGCAAUGUCGGUGACAUAUGGAAUAUAUUUGUCCGUGUUACAGAACUAUUUAAUGUUUCCGGAAUGAUUCAUUUAUUGUAUUCGUUAUUUUUGUAUACAGGCGGUUUUUUUAUUUGUAUUUAUUUAUAUUUCAUUCUGUAUGUCAAUGUUUACAAAAUGAUCCCUGGAAGAAUCGUUUGUUAUCUUUUUUUUAAACAAUUUUAUUGCUCCGUAUCAAAGUUUACACUUAAAAUUAUAACAUGAAGUGUUUUAAUUAUUUUGCACAAUCAUGUAACGGGCCAGUGGGAGUGGGGGAUAGAAUCUGUUAAAUUAUGUACUUUUUGUCGUCUACCUAGAGUGUGUAUGAUAUAGUCCUAAAGGUAGACAUGAGUAUUCAGUGUUACUGUAAAGUAAAUGCUCAUUCGUAGUGUAAAUGCUCACCUUUGGUGUUUUGCAUUGAGGGGUAAAAGAAAAAAGAAAAAGAAACAAGAGGCGGUGAUUAUAAUACAGGAACUCAUUCAACCUCAGUCAGAGUGGACUUGGAAAAAUAAGAGCACAUAGUCUCCCUUUCUGUAAAUACUAGAUGUCAUGGAGCAAGAAAAAAAAAAUCCAUUCUACCUUCUAUGAGUAUUUGAGCUAAGAAUAUCACUGUCCUUAUAUCAUGUGCUAUACUUUGUGACAGUUGUAUUCUGUGGUUUAAGAAGUCAAAUUGUGGGACAGGCAGUGUAAAAAGAGACCGGCUGCCUUUGACCAACUUUGUCCUCUGUGUGCUCUAAUGCUGUAUUCAGUUCACUCUUGUGACCAUGUCUUAUCUGCAAACAGCGCCUUCAGUGUAUUUGUUCUACUCUGCUGAAGUGUUCAAGUCCCAAAACGCUGUAUCAUGAGUUUUGAAUAAAAAAUCUGUCAUUUGGUAGACACUGUCAUUCUG